CUACUCUUUUCUCUCGUGAACAAACGACACUAGAAGUGGACGUCGUGGCUGAUAAAAUAUACACAUAUUUAAAGAAGAUAUAAACCGAUUACAGUUGAAAAGGGAAAUAAUUGUAAGUCGAAGAGACAAAUAUGAUAAUCAGAUGUUUCCCAAAACCAUCAAUUCUAUGUUUCAGCUCCACAAGCCCUUCCUUCUCAAGUCUCCGUCUCCGCCCAACUUUCCUCACCGGAGGACCUGCAGGAAAAAUCAGAAACUCGUUUGGAAUCCAUUUGAAUGCACGUUCCAUAUCAGCUUCAUUGAGGUCUUCAGCAGCUAAACAGCUUGAUAAUGUGUUAUUGUUAUCUGCUAAGGAGGAUGAUCAUGGAGGUGUUAUUGUGGAAAUGUCUAGUGAGCCAAUGGACCAGAUUCUGUUCACUUGUUUACUCAAGGAGUCAAUCAUACAAUGGAAACAACAGGGUAAGAAGGGUGUCUGGCUUAGACUACCAAUCGAGCUUGCAAAUCUUAUUGAAUCUGCUGUUAAUGAAGGCUUCUAUUAUCACCAUGCAGAGAAAAACUAUUUGAUGCUUGUAUAUUGGAUUCCUGCAACUCCUAAUACUUUGCCACCAAAUGCAACUCAUAGAGUUGGUGUUGGUGCCUUUGUCAUGAAAGAAAAUGGAGAGGUUCUGGUGGUGCAAGAGAAGGGUGGAAAAAUGAGUGGAACUGGAGUAUGGAAGUUUCCUACAGGAGUUGUUGAUGAGGGUGAAGAUAUUUGUGAUGCUGCUGUUAGAGAAGUAAAAGAAGAGACAGGGAUUGAUGCCAAAUUUGUGGAAGUAUUAGCAUUCAGACAAAGCCAUAAGAAGUUCUUUAACAAGUCAGAUUUAUUCUUUAUGUGCAUGUUGCAUCCUUUGUCUUUUGACAUCCAGAAGCAGGAAAGAGAAAUUGAAGCAGCCCAGUGGAUGGCGUUUGAAGAGUAUGCAGCUCAACCUUUUGUCCAGAAAUAUGAUCUUCCCAAAUAUGUAGCCCAGAUUUGCUUUGCCAAGAGACACAAACAAUAUUCAGGCUUCUCUCCUGUCUCCACAAUACCAACUUUCUCCAAACAACAAACCAAUUUGUACUUCAACACAACUGAUCUCAUCUCAACUUAAUUAAUUCAUGUAUAAUUAUUAGUUCUCUUAUAUUUGUCUUAACAUACCUGGAG